GGCCCCGCCCCUUUCCCCUCCCCUUCCCACGGUAGACAUGGCGGCUUCCUGGGCGCCUUUCGCUGCAACGGUAACUAGCUUCCUCUUUACCCGCGGGAAGAGUGGACUGGCCCGAAGCCGAGUCGCCUGGAAAGCAGCAGCAACUGAACAGCGAAAGGCAGUUGGGAACCAGCUAUUAAGGUUAAUACAUACCACCAGCACAACACAGAAGAAAAAUGUUGCAACCUCAGGACGUGAAGAAUAUACAGUGGCUUUUAUUAAAAAACAGAUUGAAGAAUUCAACAUAGGAAAAAGACAUUUAGCCAACAUGAUGGGAGAGGAUCCAGAAACUUUUACCCAAGAGGAUAUUGAUAGAGCUAUUGCCUAUCUCUUCCCAAGUGGCUUAUUUGAAAAAAGGGCCAGGCCAAUUAUGAAGCAUCCUGAUGACAUUUUCCCAAAGCGUAGAGCAAGCCAAUGGGGAGAAGAUGGCCGUCCAUUUCACUUUCUAUUUUAUACUGGCAAGCCAGCAUAUUACUCAUUAAUGCACGAAGUGUAUGGAAUGAUAUUAGAUCUAGACAAACACUCAGAUCACCUGAGAGCCAAAGGUCUAUUGCCUCAAAAAAAUAAACAAGACCUGAUUGGCAGCAGAUGGCUGAUUAAGGAGGAACUAGAAGAAAUGUUAGUGGAAAAACUGUCAGAUCAAGAUCAUAUGCGGUUCAUUCAACAGCUCGAAAGAUUGUUGACACUGCCAUGUGGUAGCACUGAAGAAGAAUACAUACACAAGUUUCGUCGAACUAUACCUGUGCAGUCUAAAAAAAAACUGAUUGAGCCUCUACAAUAUGACGAACGAGGAAUGGCCCACAGCAGCGGGGAAGGCAAAAGAAAAACUGCACAAGCGAAAGUAAUAGUUUAUGAACAUGGAAGUGGAAGAAUAAAAGUGAAUGGAAUAGAUUAUUUGCUUUACUUUCCAGUAACACAGGACAGAGAACAACUGAUGUUCCCAUUCCAGUUCCUCGACCGACUUGGAAAGCAUGACAUGGACUGCACAGUCUCAGGUGGAGGGAGAUCUGCCCAAGCAGGAGCAGUUCGUUUAGCUACUGCAAAUGCAUUAUGUAGUUUUGUCUCUGAAAAUGAAGUAGAAUGGAUGAGACAAGCUGGUCUGCUGACUCCUGAUCCUCGUGUCAAAGAACGGAAGAAACCAGGCCAAGAGGGAGCUCGAAGGAAAUUCACCUGGAAGAAACGCUAAGUCUUAUUCAGAGAAAAGGAUUGACUCUGCUGGGCAGCACUUUUCUUUUUUGAUCUGUGUAGUUUAUUUUCAAACUAUAUGAUGUCAAUAUAUACAACUAUGUAUGUCAAUUAUACACAAACACACAUAUUACUA